ACCAGGAUCAGGCUCCUCCUGCUUCUGCCAAGUGCCAUGCCCCUGAGAUCAGAGCGCAGUCUUGAAAACUGGCCUCCUAGAAGGCGCCCGCAGCAAAGAAAGAGGCAGAGCGGGAGCGUGCCAGCCCAGGUGCAGAUGCUCCGUACCAUGGCAGAGGCUUCAGGGAGUCCUCUGCCCCAGCCCGUAGUGAGGAGGAAAAAAAGCAUAUCCAUCGAGGAAAAAAUCGACAUCAUAAGUGCUGUGGAGAGCGGCAAGAAAAAGGCAGACAUUGCAGCCAAGUAUGGCAUAAAGAAGAAUUCGUUGUCUUCAAUUAUGAAGAAUAAAGAGAAAGUUUUGGAAGCCUUUGAAUCUUUACGAUUUGAUCCUAAAAGAAAAAGGCUAAGGACUGCUUUUUAUACCGACCUGGAGGAGGCAUUGGUGAAGUGGUACAGAAUGGCUCAGUGCUUGAAUGUGCCAGUAAACGGUCCCAUGCUGCGCCUCAAGGCCAAUGAUUUUGCCCAGAAGCUUGGACAUAGUGAUUUUAAAUGCAGCAAUGGCUGGCUUGAUCGUUUCAAGUCAAGGUAUGGCUUAGUUUUCAGAGCUCAGCCUGUAGAAGCAGCUGCUACUGCUACAGUGGAUGCUCCAACUCCUUGGUACCAAAAUGUUCUUCCUUAUUAUUUAAAUGAUUAUCAGCCAAAAAAUGUGUUUUUUAUACAGGAGACUGGAUUGCUGUAUCAGAUGUUACCCCAUAGCACAUUUGCAUUUAAAGGAGAAACUUGUUCUGUAGGUAAACUAAGCGACGAGAGAAUAACUAUAGCAGUGGGUACAAAUAUGGAUGGCUCUGAGAAACUUCCUUUGCUUGUUAUAGGAAAAAACAAAAGUCCAUGCUCUUUCAAAGAUGUGAGGUCGCUAUCUGUGGAUUAUGAAGCAAAUGAUAUGGCGUGGAUGACUUCAGAAGUGUUUGAACAGUGGAUGCAUAAACUUGAUGACGGGUUUCAAGCGCAGCAGCGACAAGUAGUUAUUCUUGUUGAUUCUCUCCCAGCUCACACAGAAGUAGAGAACCUCAAGUCUGUCAAAUUAGUGUUUUCUCCUCCAGGCUCUUCUUCAUGUAUAGCUAUGAAACAAGGGGUUAUCAGAAGUCUGAAGGUUAAAUACAGGCACUGUCUUAUCAAGAAAUUUAUUGACUGUGUAGAAGGCAAUAAAGAAUUUAUGCUGACUCUUCUUGAUGCAGUUGAGAUGUUGCACCUUUGCUGGAGGAAAGUAACACCAGAGACUUUUGUUAAAAGUUAUAAUGAAGCAGCAUUCAAAUCUGAAACCAAGGCAAAUGGUUGCGAUGCAGAGGUUGAAAGUGAUUUUGAUCUGAUCGCACAUGCACAGGCAGCUGGAGUGGAGUUUCCAAAAGGUUUAUCUUUGGAGGAAUAUGCAGCUCUAGAUGAUGGCUUGGUAACUUGUGAAGUGCCCACAACUAAUGAAAGGAUGUGUGCCAAAGAAAGCACAUCAGAUAAAGCUGGGACAUUUGUUGCUGAUGAAGAUACAAAUGAAAGUGACCAAUUUCAGGGGUCUGAACAACCUUUACCAUCAAAAAAUGAGGCUUUGAGUGCGUUAGAUACGCUUCGAAAGUUUCUCAGAAGUCAAGAUCCGAAUGAUUCUCUUCACGAUUCCCUAGCUGACCUGGAGAAUUUUAUUCAACAUGUAGCAUGUAAAUAAGUAUUUUAGCAAAGCAUGAAAGCAUGUAGCUGAAAAAAAAGGAAUUAUAUAAGUAAACAAAAAUAGGCAGUUUAAUAACAAGUGUUGGUGCAAUGUUCUUUAGUGUGUCUUGCUCAGAUGCCUGGAUGUAUAUAACAAAAGGAAAUUAUGAAAAAGGGCUGUGAACUGAAAUUUUCUACAAAAUAAUGAGGAAAGAACACAAAAUUUGGGGUGGAGUGAGGAAAUAAGCUGCACCUUUAAAAUGGUAACUGUAGUAAAUACAGUGGAAGCAAAAGCAGUUCUUUCAGCAGUUUGAUGUGUUCAGGAUGAACUGGUGCCCACUUUCUUAGGAAGAGAUUAGCAUUUCUUCACAUCAAUAAUUUCACCGGUGUCUUUGGUGUUGCUGGCAGUGGAACAGUAAAUAUUUAUCAGCUUGAUGCUUUUGAUACUUAAAGAAAAAGUUGAAUAACAGAGA